AUGUCUGACGUUUCGAUAGAUCCCAGAGACUCAAACAGCCCAAUCAGCUCUGUUAACACUAAUGGCGAAUAUCUGAGCUACUUUGCUACGAAAAUAUUUUUUCUUGUUAAUCACGUGAUCAUCGACAUGUGUAUUUGUGUCUUUGGAAUUGUGGGUAACUGCCUUAACAUUACAGUGUUUGUAAAGCAAGGACUGCGCACGUCAGUCAACUUGAGCCUAUGUGCCAUGUCUUUAUCUGACCUUAUCGGCCUCAUCUUUCAAGUCUGGCACAACUUUUGCUUGAAUCCUUAUCUGGAACUUGCCGAGCUCCCGGUAGAUUUUCUCAAAGUACAAAUACUGACAGCAGGAUGUCCAAACAUCGCAAUGACACGCAUCACUGGCUGGAUCACCGUCUACAUUACAGCUGAAAGAUGCCUCUCCGUCUUGCUGCCAUUGAGGAUCAAGCAGAUAGUCACGUUCCGGAGAUCUGUUGUCAUUCUGCUCUUAUGUUACACCGUAAACCUGGCUUUCCUGAUGCCUCUUUAUUCGUCGAACUAUCUGAGCUGGAACUUCUACCCAAGUCUGAACAAAACGAUGCUGGGGGAGUCCUCUCGCAGCAACGAAGCUCUUGCUGACCUCAUCAUGAACACUGCUCACUUAUACCUCUCUGUCAUAGCCUUCUGCUGCGUUGUCAUCUUUACCGUCGCCUUGGUGGUCAGCCUGAAGCGGAAGUCUGAAUGGAGAAAACGCGUCACUUCCGACAGAGACCAGAACGAGGCUCGGUCCAGCCGUGAGAAGAAGACAAUGGGGAUGAUUAUUAUGGUGGCUGCGAUUCUUAUCGUCUGCUACGCCCCGGGUGUCACGAUUACCUUCGUAGAAAUAUUCAAUUCCGAAUUCAGAAUAUCUUCUAAACAAGCAAAUAUGUACAACGCCGUCUGGUCAUUUUGCUUUGUAUUUAAUUCUAUCAACGCCAGCAUAAACGUCAUUGUCUAUUACAAAAUGAGUUCUAAAUAUAGAACUACACUACAUGACAUGUUUCGUAUGGCUAAAAAUAGCAACAAAACUUUUUAA